UCUGCAGAUGGCCGAGGCUUUGCUAGGAAUUGUGAUUGAAAACUUGGGAUCUUUUGUCCAUGAUGAACUUGCAACAUUUUUGGGUGUUGACCAACAGAUUCAGAAGCUUUCCAGCUAUCUCACUGCAAUCCGCGCUGUCCUCGAAGAUGCUGAGAAAAAGCAAAUCACAAGCAAUGCUGUGAAGGAUUGGCUUCAGAAACUGACAGAUGCAGCAUAUGUGUUGGACGAUAUCUUGGAUGAAUGUUCAAUACACUCAAAAAGUUCAUGCUUAUCUCGUGUCCACCCUAAGGACAUUCUCUUUCGUCGUGAUGUUGGCAAGAGGAUGAAAGACAUCACCCAAAGAUUUCAUGACAUUCAUGAAGAAAGGAGCAUGUUUCAAUUCAGUACUGGUGUCACUGACAAGCAAGCAGAGGAUGAUGAUGAAUGGCGACAAACUAGCUCUGUCAUUACUGAACCCAUUAUCUAUGGUAGAGACCAAGACAGAGAGCAAAUUGUGGAGUCUCUUUUGCGGCAUGCAAGCAACAGCCAAAACUCCAAAAGACCAAUUUGA